AUGUCCCUCCAAACGUCGUCGCAAGAACUACCUCCCACAUCAGCCUCAGGUAAUGCUGCUCGUGGACGACGUCGCACUCUGGACUACAUUCGCUUCACCGUCUCUCCCAGAGGAAGACCACGUGCCAUAUUCAAGGUGUUCGCCGAGAAAGUACCGGCACCAUGUAAGAGGAGCCAGAAGCUGGGGGACAAAAUCACGGCGCUUCAGCAGCUCGUCUCCCCGUAUGGCAAGACCGAUACGGCAUCAGUGCUCCACGAGGCAGCUACCUGCAUCAAGCAUCUCCACGAGCAGAUCCAGAUUCUGACCGCCUCCUACCCUGAAUUUAGUUCUUCAGCGUCACGGCAGCACACGGGCGAGGAAGAUAGCGGCGCGAUGGAUCUGCGCAGGCGAGGCCUGUGCGUGGUGCCGCUGUCCCCGGCCGUCGUGCAGCUCGUGUCUGCCGAGGCCGUGUUCCACCACCAUGACGCGGCCUUCACGGAAGAUCACUGGCGCCGCCUCGGCACUCUGUAG